AUGGUGCAAAAGAUCAAGGAGCCUCCUGGCUACCCUGGCAAGAAGGGAUACUGUAUCAAGGCUGCGAUGAGACUUUGGUCUCAUGAGUAUAAAUACUUCAGGGCCAAGGUCAUAAAGGCCAUCAGCAAGUUCUUAAAUACGGACAAGUCAUUUCGGGGGCAAGAACUCAGGGACCUUGUCCUCGUCGAGCACAGUGUUUGCAAGUCUGACGAGAAAGACAGGACGGCAUCCUCGAACGAUAUGACGGAACGUGGCCGAUAUAUGCUAUAA